ACAAAAACGAUACCAUCACCAGCAACAACUCAAACAUGUCUCCCGCCAAAAGACUAUUAACAACCCUCCUCCUUCCGAGGCUCUCAACGGGCACUCCCAUAUCCAGAAGGAAAAUCGCAACCAUCCCGACGCACCUCCACGCCCCACCCUUCUUCUGCACUCCACCGCGACAACAACCACCGCUAUCGGUAUCGAAGAGAUACUCCACCGCCCAAUCACCAAACACAAAGCUCUACGAUUAUGAAGCCAUCAAAUCCCUGACAAAAACCUACCCACGAACAUGUGCCCUGAUCGACGUCCGCGAGCCCGCGGAAUUCGCUGCGGGCGCUAUACCCAUGGCAGUUAAUAUCCCCAUCGCGUCAUCGCCCGACGCGCUCACGCUGUCGCCGGAGGAGUUCGAGGAUCGGUUUGGCUUUGCGAAGCCGGAGUUGGAGAAGGAGGUUGUGUUUUAUUGUAAAGCUGGGAUCAGGAGUUCUGCUGCGGCGCAGGUUGCGGUUGGAGUUGGAUAUCGGCGGGUUGGAGAGUAUAGGGGGAGUUGGGUUGAUUGGGAGAAGAGGGAGAGGGGGGAUUGAGGAAUUGGGCAGGUUGGGUUUCCGGGGAAAGGGAGCGCGGUUGUUAGGUGUGGGAUUGGUUGGGGGUGGGAUGAAAAUGUCUGGUUUGGAUCAUU